GGAUUGGAUUGGAUUGUGGGGAAAACCAACCCCAAGCGACCGAGAAUGCUCCGCGAAGGUGUGUUUUCCAUUCCCACGGGCGAUGUGGCGUAUAUUUUCACUGAGGAAGAGUGAAAGCCCAGCCAAUGCGGCCUGCCUGCCUCUUACUGUAGUUUUCUGCUUUGUCGGGAAUCUUCCUAGUACUGCACUGCACUGUAAUAUCGUGAGAUCCAAUAGACCGGUUCGAGGAAAGGGAUGCAAGCAUGUGUCCGUCCGACGAGUCAAGGUUACAUUCCGCCGUACGAGUGAGCAUGUGAGGGGUUGUUGUACAGAGGAUCAAAUGACAGCUCCGACGACCUGGUACCAGUACCAGAUUGCUUGCUUCAGUUUCAUCCGAACUCUUUGCGGAUUCUUCUAGAUCUAUUAUUGUAAUUGAGUGAGUGCAAUAUCGACCGCGAAGAUCUACAUACCCGUUCUCCACGAA